ACACACCCUACGUUGACACAAAACGGGGUUCAAACAUCAAAGGGGUUUAUCAAGAUUCUGACAUCUCUGUCUCUGAAGACAAUUUCAAAGAUUUUUAAUUUGUGAGGAGAUAUAUUCUCACUAUAUCACUUGUGAAUCAAAAAUUAAAACAAACAAGAAAAUGUUAAUAAAUCUCUCAAUAUCUCCUUCUCUGUCAACAACAAGAGAAAGUUGCAUACUCCAAAACCCUAAAUCCAAUUUCACCUUAAACCCACAAAAAACCCUUUUUCCAUCAACACUCAAAUUCAUACACAAUAACUUAACAAAACUCACUUUGAAAUGUCAGUAUUCUGACCAACAACAACAACCUAGACAAGAGGCUCCAAAGGUUUUUAUUGGGCAUUCGAUUUACAAAGGGAAGGCUGCGCUUACUGUCGAACCUCGCCCACCCGAAUUCGCCCCUUUAGAUUCGGGGGCGUUUAAGCUAACGAAAGAGGGGUUCGUGUUGCUUCAGUUUGCGCCUGCUGCUGGUGUUCGUCAAUAUGAUUGGAGUAGAAAGCAGGUAUUCUCGUUAUCUGUUACUGAAAUCGGAAGUUUAAUCAGUCUUGGUGCAAGGGAUUCAUGUGAAUUCUUUCAUGACCCUUUCAAAGGAAAAAGCGAUGAAGGCAGAGUUAGGAAGGUUUUGAAGGUAGAGCCUCUCCCAGACGGAUCUGGCCACUUCUUCAAUCUGAGUGUUCAAAACAAGCUUAUAAACAUGGAUGAGAGCAUUUAUAUCCCCGUAACAAAGGCAGAGUUUGCAAUUCUUGUUGCAGCUUUCAAUUUUGCUGUGCCAUACCUUUUGGGUUGGCACACCUUUGUGAAUUCUAUAAGACCAGAAGAUACUACUCGUUUCAACAAUGCUAACCCGCGAUCUGGUGCUGACUUAGAAUGGAGCAGAUAGUCAUUUCUUGUUUCACCCUUCAGAGAAUGAAAUUCUGAAGACCGUUGAUGUAUAUGUGAUGCUAUCAAGGGUAUCAUCUUGUUCUCUAUUCUCUUGCUUUUAUGAAACAAAAAUUUGACCUUCACUUAUGUAUCUCUUUGUUAAGCAUCAAGUCUAUUAGGAUUCACGUAUGGAUAUGGUUUUAGAACUUAGAAUGCAGUGAUUAAGUUCUGUAGUAUAUUAACAACUAAACAUCUAUCAUGGUGUUUUUUGUUGAACUGGUUCUUUUCAAGGAUAGGCCAAAUGUAGUGAACCUUUUAAUUUGGAUCAUCACUUUCUAGAUUAAUCUUACUAGCUAUGUUAAAGCAUCUGUUGUAGUGCAGGGUGUAUCUUUUGGAUGUAUGAAUCACCUUCCUACGGGAGAUGAACAAACAUACAAUUCAAUAUUAA